AUGUCCAGGUGCAGCACGCAGGUCCGAGAUCCGGAUCUAGCUGAAGGUAGUCUUUCACAACUGGUAAGCGUGGACGACGAACGUGGCGGCUUGGAAGGUGGAGGCAGUAUCGUCACCGUGUGCUCCAGCACCGUGAGGCAGCCGCUUGUGCUUCUGCAGCUUAGACGCUUGGCACCCAAGGGUGGACACCUGUCGCCGGAUGGCAAGACAAGGGUCCGCAAAGAAUCGCGGCACUAUGAACUUCUCGUCGAACCUGGCCGGCAGAGCCUGGAUGUCCACGGAUCGAGCACUUUCCUCGAGCCAGGAGGUCCAGGUUACAUGCCUUGGCUUCGCAGCUUGCGCCCAAAGAAGGCCUCAGCGCUGAGGACCAGGCAGCAAGCUGCCCCACUGCAACUCGUCAACCUGCUGCCGCGCAGCCCGAACAAACCCAAGCCUUGCAAAGCUCGCCGCGCCCGCGCUCCCCGACUCGUGCAGGAGCCACGCAAGCACGACAAAGAGACUACAAUACGGCUUGAUCAAGGACCCGAAGAGCACGAGGCGGAUCCUUUCGAGUUUGCAUUGUCAAGGGCCAGCUCAGGUUCGUUGGACCUGGCCUUGCCUGACUUGCCCGCCACGCUGGAAGAAGAAAUGACGCACAAAGCGAGCAUUGAAGUUGCCACCUGGCCAUUGGAUCCGACGAUAGAAUCACGGAUGCGACCUAAACAGCAGGGCGCUGCAGAGUCCAAGUCGCAGUCUUUGCGUCCAGGAAAACUUAAGGGCGUCUCGCUCCAAUUUCCGUCACGGUCCAUCGACCCGCGAGACUCUGCCUUCAUGGACGACAGGAGCUGGUUCCGCGCUUCCUCCAGCAUCUCCAACUUCGACAGACCACGAGGAAAAAGCGCGGGGUUUCUGAAUCAACGCAGCCAAGUUCGAGAGAUGGUUUCUGCCAUGAUGAAGACUAUGACAACAACUUUCCCACGCUCAGUUUGGGACGAAUGCGGUUUUGUUCAUCCUGAGGAGGAGAUGGAAAUGGUUCGCGCAGCAGAAGCCAAGGUUGUCGAAGAGCAGCUGGGCCAACUGAAAGGCUUGGUGGUGAAGAUGCCGGCGCUUCGUAAGGGCCGCAGUCAGCGAAAAUCGGAUGCGCAGUCGAAUCGAAGACGCUCCUUUGGCAUCGUGUCCGAUCCACGGACAACCCCUCAGCCAACGGAAAAGCUCGACGAGAAAGUGUUGGCGCACCUGGCGAAGCAGACUGGCUGGUCGGUGCUGGACGUCGAGGAGGUCUGGGACGUGUUUUGCACCUACGCGGUGGCCGGCCGGAUCAGUGUGCAAGGUCCCGAUUUCGUGUCCCUGGUGCAGGACUUGUAUGACGGGGUGACUGAUGACGAGGUGAUGUUGCUGCAGCAGCACAUCAGUGCCGUCCGAAAGCGUCACCACGCACGGAGCCGCUUUUUGCGGAGGGGCAUGACAGGCUUGGGCUUGGACAAUCUCCCGGAGCGCUCAGAUGUCCGCUUCAGCGAGUUCUAUGUGGCCCUGGUGAAAUGGCUGGACCUUCAGCAGAGCAGAGCCGAAGCACGCACUGAGACCACCUUCGCCGAUCGCGCCAAGCAGCGCUGCUCGCUGUCUCGCUUCGCCGACGGUGCCCCGAUCCAGGCGAGAAGUGAUGCUGACACUCCUUCAGGCUUCAUGAACCUGGAUGAGUUCAGACGACUCAAGAAGGAAGUUGCGGAGUCACUGACAGGUCCGCGCAACUCUCCGCGAGGUGUCGGGAAAAAGGUGCUUGAGCAGAAGCAGCGCCAAAAGCAUCCGCAUCAGGGACGGAGGCGCUUCGAAGCCCAAAAGUCCGCGUUUGCGGACAGCAGCGACUCCGAGCGGAGCGACUCAGAGGAUGAGGACGAAUCCGCAGACGAGGACGAGGAGGACGCGGAGGAAUGCUUCCAAGUCUCUGCAGGUCGUGAGAGGUGA